AUGUCUCGUGUCGUUCUCAUUUGGUUAUAAAUAGGGAAAGAUGUCUUCGAAGCAUUUUAUAAAAAAGAUUUGGCCAAAAGACUCCUGGUUGGGAAAAGCGCCUCAGUAGAUGCUGAGAAAUCGAUGUUGUCAAAACUAAAGCAUGAGUGUGGCGCCGCUUUCACCAGCAAGCUGGAAGGCAUGUUCAAGGACAUGGAGCUCUCCAAGGACAUCAUGGUCCAGUUCAAGCAGUAUAUGCAGAAUCAGAGCGACCCGGGCUCUAUAGAUCUAACAGUGAACAUACUUACGAUGGGCUACUGGCCCACAUACACGCCUAUGGAAGUGCAUCUAACUCCAGAAAUGGUUAAACUUCAGGAAGUAUUUAAGACAUUUUAUCUCGGAAAGCACAGUGGUCGAAAACUUCAGUGGCAAACUACAUUGGGGCAUGCUGUUUUAAAAGCAGAGUUUAAGGAAGGAAAGAAGGAGUUCCAAGUGUCCCUCUUCCAGACGCUGGUGCUCCUCAUGUUCAAUGAAGGGGACGGGUUCAGCUUUGAAGAAAUAAAAAUGGCCACGGGGAUAGAGGACAGCGAACUGCGAAGGACGCUCCAGUCCCUGGCCUGUGGGAAAGCACGAGUUCUGCUUAAAAGUCCCAAAGGGAAGGAGGUGGAAGACGGGGACACGUUCACGUUCAAUGGGGAGUUCAAGCACAAGUUGUUUCGGAUAAAGAUCAACCAGAUCCAGAUGAAGGAAACCGUGGAAGAACAAGUCAGCACCACCGAGCGUGUGUUUCAGGACAGACAGUAUCAGAUUGAUGCUGCUAUUGUCAGAAUAAUGAAGAUGAGAAAGACUCUUGGUCAUAAUCUUCUAGUUUCUGAAUUGUAUAAUCAGCUGAAAUUUCCAGUAAAGCCUGGAGAUUUGAAAAAGAGAAUUGAAUCUCUUAUAGACAGAGACUAUAUGGAGAGAGACAAGGACAAUCCGAAUCAGUACCACUACGUGGCCUGAUGUGUCGGCCGCCCUUUUCUCUCAGCGAGACACUAGAAUGUAUCUUCAGAGCAGUGAAGCACUUCCGUGCUGUUUCCAGGACUUCUGACAUUGAGCCAGCACGGAGACUUUGGGAUUCGAGGGAAAAGAGAUGAUUCUUGGAUCACCCUUCACAAAGUUUGAGGGUUUGCGAAUGGCAUAUGUGUCUUUCCCUCCAGUUCUUCCUCUUAACUCUCUUUGGUGUUUAAAUCGUUUCUGUUGCUCUGUUGCAGAAUGACUUUGAGAUUGGACAAGAAGCUAUUGGUUAAAAGAGUGUCCUUUGUCACAUGGUGCUCUGUGGCAGAAAGCUGAAGGUUUGGUUUGGUGCGUGUGUGGUCAUGAAUGCACAGCUGAAAAGACCCUCCGUGCUGCAUUCGCGGGCGGCAGAGGUCCUGAAGGCAGGCUCUCUUAGUUGAUGGGACGCUUAUUAGGAACGAGAGCCCUCUGUGGGCAAGCAUUAGGAAGAGGCAGUCGGUGUCAGACACUGGCUAAUGGAUUAUGCAACCUAAUCCUGGCAUCUCUUUGUUUCCUUUACUUUCCAUACGUUUGAAGUUCCGAUGGCUGACUUUUUAGAGCGAGCUUUCUCGGUGAGACCACUCCCGUGUGCCGGGACAACACCGGGUCGGGCGUACCUGCCGCAGGAACCCAUGCGCAUCUUUGUUCUACUUCCACUGAGUUGUUUGUGAAUUUUCUGUUUAGGGGUUUGGGGGACGGUGUGUUUGUGUUUACUCUUCCAGGAUUGCGUCUAGCAGCCCCUGUUUGUGCAUCGGGGUAACUGCUGUUUGAUUUGUUUAAUUGCUCGAAUAAAGUUUGGUUUGUUUUUACAGUCCUGUGCAGGGACGGCUGUUGCUCUCUGUGCUGUGACCACUGUAAAAAGUUCUCUAGGAGACUCCAAGUCUUGAUAUUGUGAAGCAGAGGUUAUUUUGUCAAAAGAUUAAAAGGACUUUGUUGGCACCUGGUUUCAUGUGUGUGUGUGUAGGUGAGGUUGAGCAGGGGGACAAUGAUGUUAGUACGUAACUGUAACAAAGAUACUUUUCUGGUAACAUUUAAAAGUACUUUAUAUUUUACAUAAUAGCAUGUUUCAUUUUGAUUAAAAGCUACCAAAGGAAUUUUGAUCAUGGUAUGAGUGUUUAAAGCAAUAUUUUCUGGGAUAUACCAAGUUUAUAUAAUUUAAUUUUGUGCUAAAUUAUUAAAAAUUUCUCCCUUUUUGAAACAUGCGUGUUUAAAAUAUGACAUCUUAUGGGUUUCCAUGUGAAAAUCCUCACCCUUGAAGUAUCAUUAUUUCUAUAUUUGUAAAUUUUCAUUUGUCAGUUCUAUAAUAUGGGGUCUAUAAAAGACCAAAUAGAUUUCUACUUCUUAAAUUUUACGUUUAUUGUCUCUAGAGAUUGUUAAUCUUGUAAUUUAAUGUAGACUUAACUCUGAAUAAAAUUAGUUUAAUUGGCCUUAAAAUUACAUUAAUAAAACCUGUGGUAUGCAAACUA